UGUCCCCAUCAGCUGACCUCUCCAAUCCACACUCAUUACCGACUCAUUCUCCUCGACUCGGGCAAAACAAAUGGAAGAGAAAAAGAGAGAGAGGGAAGGUUGUUUGGUAUCGAAAGAAGCAAUUCAAAGGAAUUCUGGGUUUGGUUUGUUUGGUGGGUUUGUUUUUUAUUUUUAAUGGCUUCAUGCUUUUAAGGCUUCAACUUGAUGAUGAAACCAGUGGCAACAAAGACAUGUCUGUUCAAAAUUCUCCUUCAAUUUCAGUUUCAAUCAAGGAUGGAUUGAAAAAGAUUGGCAAAGGAAAAAUGCCACGAAAGGAUACUUAUGAUAGGAUGUUAGCUUUGGCUGCCCAUUCCCUUGCUAAGAAUAAACAUGAGCCAAAAGAUUUGUGGCAGGAGCCAUUUGUUCCUGCCUCUGCUUGGAGACCUUGCGCUGAUCAUCGUGAUUGGAAUCCUAGUGAGGGAAAUAAUGGUUACAUUUUGGUCACUGCAAAUGGGGGGAUGAACCAGCAACGAGUAGCUGUUUGCAAUGCUGUGGUUAUUGCACGGUUGCUGAAUUCAUCUCUUGUUAUUCCUAGAUUUAUGUACAGCAGUGUCUGGAGAGAUGUGAGUCAAUUCAGCCACAUCUAUCAGGAGGAGCAUUUUAUUAAUUAUCUUACUCCUGAUAUUCGGAUAGUGAAGGAACUGCCUAAGGAGUUGCAGUCGCUGGAUUUGGAGGCAAUUGGUAGCACUGUCAGUUUCCUAUCCUAA